AUGCAGCCUCAAGACUGGAUCGAAUUAUUUAUGAGAGCUUUCUUCUGCUUCACCGGUAUCAUCGGGAACGGUUUGCUGGGUUUGCGCUCUGUGCCCAAAUCCAGAUCUCAGCUGCGGACCGGCGACGUCCUCUUCGUCAACCUGGCCGUGUCCAACCUGAUCACAAACUGCCUGGUGGACCUGCCGGAAACCAUGGCUCACUUUGCCAAAUCCUGGCUCACGAGUAAAGAGUACUGCGGCGUGACUCAGUUUUCUCACGAAAUCUCUGAGACCAGCAGCAUCUUCACCACCAUGUUCAUCAGCAUGUACUGGCACCAGAAGCUGGUGGGUUCCAUCAGACGUGGUGGAGCUCCGGUGCAGAUGGACAACUUGAGGUUAGUCGUGGCAUUGCUCGGCGGGAGCUGGAUCGUAUCGACCGCGUUCAGUCUUCCGCACAUCUUUAUCGCAGAACACAAUGCGAACGAGAGUUCGGAAGUUUGCGAAGAGCGUUUCGCAUCUCCCGCAGCCAAGCAGACGUUUGAUGGCAUGUACCUUACACUGGCCAACGUCGUUCCAAUGAUCGGGAUAACUUAUGCAACCGUUCAGAUUGUCUUAACUCUGCUCCGGAGUCAAAACCGAAUCAAGGAUCACUCCAGAAAUGCAACAAACCCUCCACCUUCAUCCGCAGGCCAGAAUCUCGAAGGAACAGCAGAACGCAGCACCGAAGCCUCUUCGGAAAGAUCUCCGAUCUCCACAGAUGCUCCUAGAGCCGCUACUCAACAACAGAGGAUGCAGGUCAGAUCCAAUCCGUCCUCCAACAACCAGAUUCGGGCGGCUAAAAGCGUGGUUGCGGUCGCAACCAUCUUCAUCUUCUGCUGGUUCACUCACCUCGUGCUCCGCAUCUACAGCAGCUUCAGAGUCUCCGUCCUGGCUGUGAAACUGACCAAUUUUAUCGGAGCAUCUUACGUCUGUUUCGUCCCGUAUGUCUACUUGCACGGUGUGAAGAAACUCAGCUGCUCGUGUCGGUAA